GUCACGCGCAGAAAGUACCCGAGCGAGUAAGGUAAAUGAAUUAGAGAGGAGAGGAGGAGGGGGAUGAGGAGGAGAGAUAGAAAGCUGAGGAUGCAGCUUUGGUCCACAACACACAUCAUCUUCAUCACUCGAACCACACAGCAGGAGAAGCUACAGCUCGGAUAAAGCGCUACAACUUCCAGUUAUCGACGAGGAGAUGCUUUGAUUCUACCCCCUUUACAUCCUCCACCUCCUCCUCUUCCUCCUCCCAUCUCAACAGAGGAGCAUCCCGCACACAGAUUCCACUCCGACGGUGCAAGCAGGCAGGCAGGCAGGCAGGCAGGCAAAGAGGCGGGUUGAAACAAGCCUGACACGAUGCGUGGAUCUCCCCGUCAUGGGACAGCCGUGGGAUUAUUAGUGCUGCUGAACGCGCUGCUGCUGCUGCUGCUCGCGACGCAGGCUGCAGAAGGAGUCUUAACGGACCAUGUUCUGGUUCAGCUGCACGAGGACGCACAGGAUGAGGCGCACCAACUUGCAACACAACAUGGGUUCCAGAGCGCCCGAAAGGUAGGGAUGCUCGGGGUAUGGUGUGCAGAAUUUCACGUGCUGAAAUGUGCUUUUCUGCUAAGGAAAACAAACUUAGACGCACUAUUUAUCAUUUAUACUCACUUUAGCGUGUUAAUGUUAUUGUAAAAGAAACACAAGCAGGUUUGUGAAGGUUUACAACCUCAAAAGCUAGUAAAAUGUACGCUGAAUAAGACACAUUAGGGUUUAAAACAAACAUGCUUAAUUCAUUGUUUUCAUUAGUUUGACUUCAUUAGACUUUGCCUUAAUUUGAUGACGUCAUCUUGCUCAUAUGUAGGUCCCGGUUUGUAGGUUGCCCCCCAUAGGACCUGCAUGGCCUUUAUGGAUUCAAACCUCUGCAAGGAUUAUUGAAAUAAUUAUAACUACAAAUUCAAGUUUUCGAUAACAUAUUGGAGCUUUUAUGAUUUAGGCGGAAUUCCCCUUUAAAAAAAAAAAAGCCAAAGCUGUUUCAGUAGGGGUUCCUCUCACAAUGUUGACUCUUUAGGCUCCUACUUUUUGAUCCUCCAGUUCCAUCAAAUGAUGCCAAAAUGUCUACUUUUAAAAGCUGUGUUAUUUAAAGUAGGUUUGCAAAAAAGGAAAAGCUCAUUUUAAUAAACAUAUGUGCCAUUAUCUCCCACAGACAGGUUAUAAUAAAUGCAGGAUGUUGACAUAUGUGGCCUUUCCCUCAAGACAUGGCAUUUAACUAACCUGAGUCCAUUUAUUCUAUUAAAUAGCCUGACAAAUGCUGCACACAUCUCGGCGUGUCAAAAGAAUAUAAGCAAUUUGUGGCAGACAAUUGGAAAUAAUUCGCUGACACGGUGUGUGUGUGUGUGUGUGUGUGUGUGUGUGUGUUGUCACAUGUCAAAAUAAAUGUGUGUAGCUGGUGAAGCGUAGCAGAGGUGCUGCUCUGAAUGAGGAUUUACCUCCACAACAAGCACAUCAAAAUAAUCCCAGUUCAAUCUGUAACUCGUCAUGAGGUGAUGUCUGUGUGGUACCCGGCUCUGUGAUUGCUCGACCGCCAGGAACUAGACCCCCUCUCCUCCCCCACCCCCUCCCAAACAUCUUGUAUCUCCCUGCCUCCUAGGUUAUGUAAUCGGCAGCUAUAUUUGUCUUAAUGGGAUAUGCACCAUUAAACAAUGUCUGUGCCGUCUGAAUUAUCUUCUAUUGUUGUGUAAUUAACAAGACCGGGACACAGAAUCAGGACCUACUUGCAAAUGAGAGCACACAGAGGGAUAAAAGAGAAAGACAGAGAUCUUUGAUCUGCAAACAUCCUCUCAUAACAGAGCAUUCUGUAUUUUUGUUUGCUUUCUUAUUAGCAUCAUACAUGAUCUAUUAUUCUGGCAUCAAGGCUAAAGAGCAAUUCGUGAUAAGACUAAUCCUCAUGCUUUCAUAAUUUUGUUUUCUCAUUGGAUGUGACAGGCGCAGCAGAAAGCCUUUAUUCUGAGGAUUGACCUGUCCCCUUGCUGUUACUAAAGCAUAAGGGGGUCUUUAAUCUGAGCGCAGUGCCAGAGGGAAAGCUCUCGAUGAUGCAUCUCAUUUCCCUGCCCUGCUGAUUUAUUAUGGUUGAACCCAGCACUGUUCUCCAGAGCCUUAAAAUAGAGCCUCAUUCAAAGCUAUUGAAUCAGCCCCCUUGUUCCCCACCUGGAGGAGAACCCACCCACCUUCUCCUCCAUUUCUUAUCUAUUGUGUUGUUUUGUAUUUGCGAGUCUCACACUUUCUGAUUGCAGCCACUGUGUUUGUUCUCAUCACUGCUUCUGCUCCAGAUUCAUCCAUCCUCCUCUUGUUUUUUCUUUUCUUUUUUUUUUUUCCCUGCACAGCUUCCCUUCGGAGAGGGGCUCUUUCACUUCUACCCUCAGGACACUUCAAAGAGACGGAGCAAACGCGGCGCCCGCAGCAGACAGCAGCUCCAAAAAGACCGCAGGGUAAGCACGCACAAUAGAGAGAAGCACAGUGAGAAAAUCACACCGCGUGUCACCUGCACGCAGGAAGUGAGAGAAGCACAGAUCCACCUUCAGUUAGCACGACAACCCUUAUUUUGAGGCUUGUUUCCACUCUGAACAAAUUGCAGAAACAGGGCUUUGAAAUUGCACAAAGAAAGAUGGAUAAAUUUUUGUUUGCAAAUUGACUGAUCUGCAGAAAACAUCCAAGAAACAUCUAGGAAUUACACAGAGGAAUAAAAUAAACAAAAACAGGAGACACAACAUAAUAAAAUAUGACAGAAGAACAACCACCGAGGUUUUUCUAGGUUUUCAUUUACCUGCAACUACAAUAGCAACAUAAAAGUCUAUUGUUUGUUCUCCAUCUGCGGUGGGCGGCUUCAUUAUCUGUGCAGUCCUUGUGACUCAGUGUCUAGAAGCUCCCAGGAUUGAAGGCAAAUGUCUGCAAACAUACAUUAAAACAGAAAUGAUAAUAGCUUUUCAUACUGAGGUUGAUGCACAUUAAUCUCAUUCAGGAGCUAGACCGUACACAGUGUGAGCAAUUUCUGUAAUUUGAAAAUGUUAGGGUGUGGAAAAACGAUGUCAGCAGCACUGGUCCUUGGUCUGGGUCUUGUGAUUUUUAGAUUUUCAUUACAGCAGCUGUCACUGUGAGCAGUGGCUGGUAACAUAGUGGGAAUUUUCAACAGGAAAUUAUUUGCUGAAAAAGAUCAUAAAUAAACCUAAUAUUGGAAAAGAUCCCAAAGCCUGAAGGAUGAUAACCAUAUUUUAAUUUUGCAAACACUAACAGGGGAAGGGUGGUUCCCCAUUAUUGAUAAGAAAGGCAAAUGUAUACUUAGAGAAUUCAGUGGUGAGUUACAUUUAUUAUCAGUGAUGAGACUGGUUCAUUCGUCUAGCUGAUUUUUGCACAGGUGUUCAGGUUCUAUUGUUUGUAUUAAACAAAAAAAAGCGAAGUUGAUUUUCUGCACUCACCCAGAGGAGGCUUUGUUUCGAGCUCUGCUAUUUGUCUAUGGUAAUGAGAAGUUAGUUAGCAGGCAGGAGGACACUGUCUUUUUACACCAUGUUUUGUACUUGUGGCUGAUAUUGGAGCUAAAAGAUGCACCUUUUCUAUUUAAGUUUACUUUGUUAAAGAGCAAAACAACUAUGAACAUUUAUCAUUUUUGCUUUUGCAUGAAUGCUUCACUGCUCAUCGAGGAAAAACAGAGAGCACACAUCAUUACUUGUUGAUUGAUCGUAUGUUGAUUGGUCCAUUGCUAAACAGAUAGAUUAAUUCAUCGAUAUCACAUGAUUAAAACCCAACAGUCUACUUUGUCUUCAAACAGAACAAUGUCGCUUUAAGCUGAGCUCUGUCUGUAGCUAUGUGUCCACCUCUUUAGGAGCGAGUGAACGUAGAGGUCUUGCAGCAGACGAUCAGCUAACCCCUCUAAUUGUGCUUGUGAGAGGUGCUGAUGAAAAUAAAUGCAAGCCUUUCCAGUGAGCUAAUGCCGUUGAUGGAAGAGAGACAGCGAGGACAUGGGCAGGUCUAAACGUUCCAGAUGCUGGAUUUUAAUCAGAUGCUUGACAUGCUCAUAUGCCACACUGCAGAUAUUGAUUUCUGCGCAUUGCAGGAAUAGAUGAGGUCAGCCGGUAUGAUUUAAUGCUGCCUGUUUGUCAUUCUGAGGUUUAUCCUUACAUCUGAAUGUUGUGUGGUGGAUGCAUGUCAGUCUUUAAUCAACAGUUUCAUCAAAGAAGGAAAUCUGAUGGUACGGUGUGGUGCAGAGAUUUGGGAUGGUGAGGCACAACUGGUUAAAACAUGCCAACCUGAGGAUUUCAAUUGGUGACAUUUAAAUUCCAUUUGACAAAUAUUGCUUUGGACUUGCCAACUGAGCUGUGUGGGAAUGGUUUAAGGUGGAAUAUGGCAUUCAAAAGCAGAUGUGUUGUUUGGUCCUUAAUGCCUGAUUAAUCUUCAGACCUUGAUUGUGCAAUGAUCGUAAUAACACUGGAAGCACUGGAACAGUACUAUAUUGGUAUAAAAGUGGAUUGGUACACAUGUAGAUGGACACACAGGUGAAAAAGUGUAUGAAUGGGUACAUAUAUAGUUAUGUGUAUAGUUUACAAUAUACAUGAGAACAUGUAGAGAUGGGUUAUACUGUUUAUGGUUGCCUAAAUAGAUGGGUACACAAGUAGAAUACUGUGAAUAGCUCUAUAGAUGGGCUGUAUUAGAUUUCCACCUCACCGUUAUUGUGGCUGUAAAUGAUCAUGAUAGCAAUAUUGUCAUAAUAUUUAUGGAAAGCUUCAGAUUCAAAAACACACAGUAAAUAAACAUUAUAGUGAAGUGAAGCAAAAUGAUACUUUAAAUAGGCUCAUAAAUAUUACAAGUCCAUGAAUUUUGAUUGAUAUGCUUUUAUUUUGAUAGUUAUUAUUUAUUCAUUUAUUAUUUUAAAGUGUAAGCUACUUACGGUAGAUCAUAAAUGAAGAAAGUGAAUAAAACAAUUAAAAGAACGCUCAGAGAGUACACAUGUUAAAUGAAUUAGUAACUUGAAGAGGCACAAGCUCUGAUGUUGUAUUUGGAUUUACAAAAAGACAUCAUGUAAUUUCAGUCUUUAACCGUGCCUAAUCAUCUCUUAGAGAGUUUUUUUUAAGCUAGGUAUUCUGCUGGCGCCUUUUUAUCUCUCCUGCUUUUUAUGUAGUGGGGCAACCAGUUCAAAGCACCUCAGCUAUGACCUCAUGGUAUCCCCUUUGCUUUUUUUAGCACAACAUCAAUAGUUAAUAUUCUCAUAAAGACAGUUACCAUGAAUACUGGUAGAUUGCAACAGCCCUGAUACAUAAAUAGAUAUAUAUGUACAUAGAUGGGUUCAUAUUUGUAGAUUGGUACAUCCUGAGUAGAUAGACGACUGUAGACUGGUACAUAGAUUGGCUUCAUACUGUAGGUUUGUCUAGCUGCUACAUGGACAAGGACGUAUACUGCAUAUAGAAAGACAGCUAUAUAUAGAUGUGUACAUUGUUGUGUACAUUGACAGUUACACAGAUGGAUAGGUACACAGCUAGUUUCAGAGUUGAUGUGUAUAAAGGUAGAUGGCUGAUGCUAAAAUAGGAACUAAUGUCGAUACAGUAGCAGCCUAAAACACAGCUCAGGAAAAAAUAGGAUACCAGCAAAUGUACUCUUUCUAUUUUCAAGGAAAUAUAUAACAAGAAAGCAAAUUCAACAAUAAUCAAUUUACAAACAAUAAAAUCAUAAAAUGCAAUAAAAUAUAUAGAGUUACUAUGCAGAGAGGUCCCUCAGGCCUUUUCCUUUGUCAGACUGAAUUACAGGAGCAUGUUGACCCACUUCUGACUCGACCACAUCUUUCUGCUUUAACUCCACAUCUUCCUCAAUGCCUACUUAUCCUUGUCCUUCAUUAUACGUCUCAUGUCACACAAUGAUUUUAUAUGAGACAUCUAUUCAUCCACACAUCCAGGCCUUCACCAUCUCAAAUCAGCCGUGGGUCCUUCCUUUUAUCUGACACGACACGAUACACUCAAGUUCAGCUUAAGACGCACGAGGAAGUGAAUUAAACAAUAGUGGAAAAUGAAAUGAAAGCUUCAUGAAUGAGCAGCGUCCCUUGACCCCGAAGACACAUGUCUGGGAAAGCCAGCAGGGAAAUGAGGGUUGGUUAGAGAGGAGACACAGAGACAGAAGCAUGGCUCCCUGAUUUGAAGUGAAGUGAAGCGUUGAAAGCUGCGAGCAGGCAGCGAGCAAAAAAAGGCAGAGAGUGAUGGUGGUGCACGGGCACUGUUUGAUGUUGUGAGUGGGCAGUAUGACAUGCCGUCUCAGGGGAAAUACCAGCUCUCCUGCCAAGUGAUGGAAUAAAUUGAUGAUGGAUGGAGAAGAGGGGGAAAUGGAGGGAUAAUGUGGAGAGAGUGUCGGUGGUUUCCCUUUUGAAUGAGGCCAACUCCAAAAGAAAAGAAACAGCCAAAAGUUCUUUCAAUAGACGGAAGAUAAACAUACAAAUAAAGUGAUUUAUUUUGUUGGGACUGACUUUCCUUUCAAAGGACUCCCUGAUGUGUUGAUUUACAACGUGUGUGUGCCGUCUGAUUGCUUGGAGUGUGCCAUAAAAGAAAGAUGUGGAUGAAUAGGCUCUGGCCCUUUUAAAAGGACAUCUUAAGUGCUUCUCCUCUCGCUUAUCUGGCGGUAAACAGCGCUGGACAAUGCCUGUUUCUCUCAGUCACUCUAAAGUGGGUGUGCUGAGGGUAAGCACAAGAGGAACAUUGAGCCAGAGGGACUCAUUGUGAAAAACGCAUUGUUUUUAUCGAUACAGGUAUACAAAUUCAGUCAUUGCAUUGCAGUGUUGCAUGAUUUUGUACUUGAAUUGCAUUAUUUGUGAAGAAAUCUUGGUCUGAUGUUGGCCUGUGACCACUUUUUUUUUUCCUGAACCGUCAUGGGAUCUUGGAGAGGAGAAUGUGUUGGCUGUAUAUGCACAAGGCAAAUGUUAAGGCCGUCACAAGGAUUGAAACUAUAGAGACUGACGUGUUAUUUUAUUUAUAAACCUGGUGAAUAUGUGACAUUAUUACCAAGGGGGCUUGGCCAUGAAACUGGCAUAUAUUGCUUAUGUGAACAUUAUUACAAAUAAAGAUUUUCCAGUUAAAUCCACAGUCCCUUACUGCAAAUUGCUGGCUGCAGUGAAAGCCCUGAAAAGUUGUCCAGUCAGCUAAAUCUCACCAGACUAUAGCUGAUCGGUUCAGAGAUCAGGCUUUCUUUAACUUUAUUGAUUUCACUUCAGUUUCAACUUUGCUAAUCUCAAGUGUAAAACACUUAGAUGGAUUGAGGUUGUCAGGUAAAUGUUAAAAGAAAUAUAAGUGCAAUGGUUAUGACAAAGGGGAGCGUUUGCAAUUUAAGUACCUCAUCAGUUUAUCACAGGGCUCGACAGUGUGACCGUUUCACUCGCAUUUGCGACUAAAAAUAGAUGUGUGCUAAUCGUAAAAUGUAUUUAGGACCACAUGUGCACAUUAAAAAAAAUCGACAAAUGUUUUUUCAUAUUAAUACCGCGGUGAAGUUCGUUUUAGGUUGGUUAUUCAAUGGACAUUCACUGCGGAUCUACCGGUGUCUUCUCACUCUUCAUAACCGGGAAUGGCAACAGCUACGCAGUUAAAUCUACUCCCUCACUGUCAACGUCAGGUCUUGAAUAAGGAACCGUCAAUAAAUUACCAGUUGAUGUUCUCAAAAAAGGCUGUUUUCCUUUAAUAGCCUCCAUGUCAUGUGACCAGUUGACUUAAAAUAGAUUUCAAAUAACAGUACUAAGGUUGGACAAAAAGAGACACACCUCUUUAUUUUCCUGAUUUGUCCUCUAAAAAAUGUUUCUGUUAAAUUUAAAGGCAAAUUUUGAACAUUUUCUUCAAUAGCUUCCAUGUCACAUGAGCAACUGACCUAAAAUUUAUUUCAGAUAAUAGUACUUAUCUCGACCAAUAAGACAAACAUUAUUUGAUUGAUUUUCAUUGUGCCCCUAAAGUUCUUUGUGUGCUCCUAACUUUUUCACAAGGAGCACAUGUAUCCACUUGAUUUCUGAUUGGUACAAUUAUUAAAAAAAAUGUAAGACAGAAGGAUACAUAGAUCUACUGCCAACAUGAUGUUAUUGUGAGCGGCCACUUUAAAUGUUGUUGACAAAAGGAGCUGUUGGGGGCGUCAUUAUCUCCCGUCUUUUGGUUAAAAGAUGCUCUAAUGUUUCUAAUUGAGAUGAUAAAAGGCACAAUGACGCAUCUUUCCGCUGCAAUUUAAAACUUGAAAAAGCUGUCAUGGUGGCUGAUGCUUGAAUAUUUAGUUUGGGACUUUCCUAAGCUAUAAUUUACUUCAGCCCAUGCCUUUGUCCGAACUGUUUCUAGGCCACAAAAGUGAAGAAAGUUUUUUAAAAAAGGGCCUAAACAGUCAUUAAAGUCAGGGACCUUGAGAUUUUGUGACACGCAGAUUGUUGGUGGCACCUUUUCAAAUUAAGACUUUCAUUUCAGGCGUAGUUUUGGGAGACUCCAAAGCGGUUUGUGUUGUUUUUAUUUUCCUUUUUGGUAAAGUCAGAGCAGUUUAAGAACAGCUUUAACAGUAUACAGAGACUACAGUCAGAUUCUUUGAGAUCUGGGUAAAAAGCAGACUGUUGGGACUGCUGUCCUACAAAAUAAGACUGGGUUAAAGUUUUUCCAGAUCCUUGUGAUAUAAAAGUCUCACCCAUUAUUUUGCUUCUCAGGUCAAAUCGCUUUAAUUGCUAUUUUCAAUUAAAAAACUGACUAGACAGGCUCUCAUGUUUCUCUCAUGACGACAGUAUGUUCAGUAUUGUUGGGAGUUUGCGUUUUAAUUUCUUUUGUAUUUGCAGCAGAAAUGAAAACACAACACUAUUGUCAUCGGCACUCGCUCAUUUCAGCACCAUCUGCUUGCUAAUCAAGCACCUGAAUUUCAUCUAAGACUUUAACCCCGUCGAUUCAACUCUCUGCUCCGUGUUUUCCCCCCGUGUUCAGCAAAUGCGUUUGUGGCUGUAAGCAUUCAAAACACAGCUGUGCAUCUGCUUGUUCAGAAUGACACAAAGACUCACAAGCAUACUGUAUAUACGAGCAUAAUUGGAGUUUUUUUCUUUUUUUAUAAUGUUCUCAGAGGGAGACAAAAACUCCAUCUCUUGUGUGGCAGGUGAGUUUGUAUGCUCAGGCUCCAGCUGCAGCCGCUCUGAUCGAGGGUAAAGAAAAGACCGUCCCCUUUGAUUUACAUGAUGUUCUGUUUUUAUGGUAACAGCAGAGCACAGCUGGGUUUGCUGAUUCCUGAUACAACAGAAUAAAGCAAGCCUGACAUUGUAAAGACAGUCCUAUUUCUCAUUUAACUUGUGCACCUGGUUUAAUCUCAUCUGUGUAUGAUCCUUACAGAAAACCAUAACCAUGAAUGAAUAUUCCUUUCUCUCUCUUUAGGUAAAGAACGUCUUUGAGCAGGAAGGAUUCGAUCGUCAGAAGCGCGGCUACAGAAAUAUCAACGAUAUCGAAGUCAACAUGAGCGACCCUUUAUUCACCAAACAGUGGUAUCUGGUGAGUAAUCAUCCAAGCAGCCUUCUGCAUGCCGUCGUGACCUUCAGAACCAGUUCACAUUUUCCACCCUAAUUACUUUGAGGCUCAACAUCUUCCUCUCUACUUUCUGAAUCAACAAUGUUAUUCAAUCUUUAAUUAACCCAACCAGGACUGUCUCAUCGCUGCAUUCAUGCCACCUGGUUUCCUCCUCUUCUGUUUACUCUGACUUUUACGUUGCGGCUAGUUUUGCCGUCAUUCAUCUUUCUCAUCAGAUGAAUGCUGCUGCUGACAUUUGCCUCCCCUUCUCCCCACCUUCACUUCUCCUCCCCACAUAUCCUCUGUGUGGACUGUUUUCACUAAUCACGGCUCACCUGGGUGCCAUGAGUCACGGAUGUUCUCCAUAUUGUUUGGCUGAUUAGAUUAACACAGGCCAAGCAGACGGGACCCCGGGGUUGGAUCUUAAUGUGGCUGAAGCUUGGCAACUGGGCUACACGGGGAAAGGAGUUACCAUCGCAAUCAUGGACGAUGGUAAGCUUAAUGUGUUUGUUUUUUACCCCUGAGUCUUUUGAAAGCACUUAAUUAUCCCUGAUUCAUUCAUCAGACUAACUUGAUUAAUAAAUCUAUUCAAAUCUUUCUAAUUAACAAUCAAAAGUAAAGUGAAAAAUGUUUACAAAGUAAGAGCAAAAAGCAUUUAUUUGCUCUCUUGUUAAGGUAACUCACUGCAUAAGAAUCAAUACACAAGAUUAGAUUUUCCAUAAGCUGUAGCUGUAUCUCACUUUGAAAAACAUGCUCUUUUCUUUCUGUUUUAUUUCCUGUUGCACACUGUUGAAAUAUCUGGAAAUUUUCAGGACAGCAGGCCAAAUUGCCCCAAGUUUCUUUCAUGUGUCACAGCAUGUUUUCGCAGAGGGUUAAGGUGUCUCAAAAGUCGGGAGGUUACGUUUUAAAGAAGCACUCAUAUUCGUUCUGCUAUGUUAAGAUAUCUUAACAUGGUUGGUUUAAAGUCUGACUCUAAGAUGAUGGUUUUGGCCUUAAUAUCAGGACAGUUUGUAACAGGAUCUGAUCACAGUAUCACAUAAUGAGUGAAAAGGAAACAUACCUUCAUGUUUUUUAUAAACACAAAUUUUAUAAUUGCUCAUUAAGUUUUGGUUUCACAUUUGAAAAGUCACCUUAUACAUGUUUAGAAACAGAAACAGUCUUUUUUUUUUUUAAAUCUAGGACUCUGGGUGUGCAAAUGGUGCACAGUUUGCUUCUUCUGAACAUACCUCAGCUCAGAAGCAUCCUCCAAAUCACUCUCCUCCAUAUAGCCCUCCUCCUCCUCCUCUAUGUACCUUAAGAAUAAGAAUAAGAAGAACUUUAUUAAUCCCCAAAGGAGCCGUUUCAUAUAAAACUAUAUAUUUACCACUUUUUACUACUAUUUAUUACUAUAUUUCUGUCAAAAAGAAUAAACUAUUUUGCUUGCACUGAUUUACUCCACUCUCUCACUCCACUCUCCUCUUCUCCCCCCUGUCAAAGUUGAGGUUUUGGUGGCACCGGUCAAGAUUACCAUAAUAUAUACCAUAAAUUAUACAUUGACAGAAAGUACAGAUUCUCAGCUGUCUGUCAGCAUUAGAAUUUUUUAGAUUGAGCCCAUUUUCACAGCACUCUGCCAAUACUUCUGUGUUUUGCAAUGAAUGCCUACCUCAUAUGGCACGUAUGAAAUAAAAGAUAAAAACACAGAAAGUCAGGAAAAGCGGGAUUGAAUUUGUCACUCAUAUUUAAUAAGCCUCAUUAAGCUUUUAUAAAACCUGAAAAACUGUACCAUAGAGACACCUGCUUCUGCUGCUUGAUUAUAUCAAAUAUUGAUGUCAAUAUCUCAUUUCAGGGAUCGACUAUCUUCACCCAGACCUGGCUUCAAAUUAUGUGAGUACUUAUUCCAUACUUUCCUCCAUUUCCUUGACGUGCGGUCAUUAACUGACGCAGGGGUUCAGGUGGGAGAUUUCACCGGCUCUGUGGUGCACCGCCGGCGGUGACAGGUGCUCCCCAAGUUGCCGCUGUGGCUGCCGCGUCUCCUUGUACUCCUGGAGGACGCGGGGACGGGCAGACGGCAGGCCGAGCUGUUUAAUGUUAAUGCUCCCUGCACAGUGGCAGGCACAAUGGCAGGCCGAUCUGUCACAAGCAGAGAUAAUGCCAGGGUAGUUGGCGCUGCAUAAUGUGACGCUCCAUCUCCGGAAUACUGAUAAAAACUUAAAGGACAAGAGGGAUGGCGAGAUGGAACAAGGAGAUGCAGAAAGCUUAACUUGAUCUGACUUUUAAAUGUACAGUUUUUGUCAGUGCGACUGCAUUAUGGUGUCGUCGUGCAUCCAAGGAGGAGCUGAUGUGAACCCUCCGUAUAAGCUGAGGUGUUGUGUAAGAAUGAGUCAUGUUGCUUGGUUGGCCUUAAAACAUCCAUUUCUGUCUGGAUUCUCCACAUUUCCUUGCAAGAACUUCGUCUGAAACACAAACAGUUUGAAAACUUUUCUCACCAAUUAGCUGCUACAUGUUGCUGCGAAAGAAAAUUCGUCUCGGUUCGUGUUCAAAGGGUCUGUUCCCUCGAAAUGUUGCUUGCAUAAGUGUCUUUUUUUGUGUGCAAACUCACCACCAAGGUUUCCCAUCCUUUGCAUGUUUCUUGCCUGCGAACAAAAGCAACCCUCGGCCCAAAAAUAACACGCCGUCUCAGCUGGGGUGAUGCAGGAACACACUCCACUGGAUGCAUUGAUGGAUCAUGCUGUGUAUAGAUCUGCGGUGUGUGUUUGUGUGCGUGAGAGCGCGUGCUGGAGAAGGACACUGAUCCUGUUUUGUUACUGUCGUCAUGGUGUUUUGCAGACCAACAGAGACCUCCCACUAUCAGCUGAAUAAUAUCAAGAGAAAUUGAAUGAAAUGUCAUUUCGGGUAGGAGUUUGACUCAAAUGGAUGUUUUUUUGUUCUUGUUUGGAGAACAUUAUGUUAAUACUUGGGCGUUUUAUUGUGUGUGACUCGUUUUGCUUUUUGGUUUUGUGAUCAUAGUAAGAUGCACCUGAAUUAAUUAUGAUGAUAAGUGCGUCUAAAGAUGAAAAAAUCAUAACCUUAGUGGCUUAAUUUCAUGGUACAUUUAUCUUCAAAUGCAGAAAAUCUCAGAGCUUAUAAAUAAAAAUUAGGAACAGAAUAAUGUUUGGUUUAUUCACGAGUCUGACUAAAUAUCUCUAGUGGUAAUAAAACAAGAAUAACAUUUAGUUUUAUUCAUUUAUAAGAGCAUUUAAACUUAAUUCAGCCUCAUUUCUGCAUUAGAGCUCUGAGUAUUAAGUGACUCUUUUCAUCCCAGUGCUUGCCAACAGCUGAUCAAUACACGUAUUGUGUUUCGUUCCUCCAGGUUUGAAGGUAUUUAUCAGAAGGUGAGCUUUUUAAUUCGUGGCUCAGAAAGACCGAGGUAAAAACAGCAGGGGUGUGUUUUGGGGGUUUUGUGUCCCUGUUUUGAGUGUGACUCUCCUGCUGUGCACUCUGGGAGGUUACCAUGACAACCUGUUAUGAUUUCAUAUCACUGUGAAUUUCAUAUAUUGGUUUGUUUGAAUAUCUUUGGUACAAAGAGGGGGCAUGAAAUGAAGGAACAAAAGGCAGCAGGUUGUGCAAAGUUACCUUAAAGAACAGAUUUAUAUUGUUUUGACUCUGACAGGAAUGACCUCGGGUGACAGUGUUAAGGAGAUUAGACCAUCAGGUAUUCUUUAUCUGUCUUUGUAAACUUGGCUAUGACCUUGCUAGAAUGUCUCCCAUGGUGUUUUCUCAUUAAACUGUAUUCUAAAUGACUUCUAAGCAAGGGCACAUUGUCCAGAAUCUCUGCAUCAGCUCUCCUUCAGAUGAAGAUCCUACAUCAGGGUUAUCAGCACUAUUAAAAUCCACCAUGAUAACAUGAUAGAUAGCACUAUGAGAGAUAUAUCAGGAUUUGUCAGUCCAUGAAGUCCUCUAUAUCAUUAACAUGAGUCUUCGAUUAGGGGCACAGCAUCAAUAUAAGGACAGGCUUAUCCCUGGAUUUGAAAUAUCUGCCUUCUCUGUGGUGAAAGAAGCACUGAAAUCAACUGUGUGCCAGAAAUGCUCACAGCUCAGUGACGUAUAAAAUGUGACAGGUGGCGAUGACUAAAGACAGCUUUAAAGGUCACAAACCCAAAAAAGUAACCACUGUUUUGAUCAUAUUUAUCAUAUCUUAAUAUCUUAACUUAUCUUAUUUCUUUUAUUAAAUGUUAAAUCUACUUAAUUAAAUUGUUUUAAAUUUUUAAAUUUGCUUUUCAUUCAUAAAAAGUAUUGUUAGAAAUUUAUUUUCUAAAUCCAGAUCCUUGCCCUAAAGCCUGAGCACUGAACUGUCACUCAUUUUAAUGACAUUAGGUGUGAGAGAGCUUGUGCUAGUAUGAAGAUGAGAAAAGGGACACACUGCUAUGACACGGCAUGCUGCUAGGAAACAAGAUGUGCCAUCAAAUAACACGAAUAAGAUCUAAAUAAAAAGACAUCAAUGCAGAACCUUUGUCAGUUCUCACCGGGAAAAUAACUCCACGACAGUUAAAUAUGAAGUCUAGGGGCUCUAUUUUCGUGCCCACCGGGGGCGCAGUGGAGGGUGGUGCACCCCGCACAGUAGUAUUUUCGUCUGGCAGAGCCCGGGCCACCGCCAGUUUGGGAUUUUCUUAGACUGAGGCGCACCAAGGUCCGCCAAGCUGGGUGUGGUGGCGCGGUAGGGGGAGGUGUCGCCAUCAUGUGGCAUUGCUGUCUCUAGCCAUCUCUUAUUCUCUAUGACUACUGCACAGAAAUUGUAAUACGCGUCGCAGGUGGCAGAUUUAAAGGUGAGGAGAGGAGCUGAUGUGAUUGGUGAAAACAGGUCUCGGCUGUGUUAAACCCACUCCACGCCUUCUCUUCUCCCUCGCUACGACUUACGCUGCUGGGAGGAGCUGAGUAAGGGAGGGGGGAUACUUACACCGGACUGCGCCGCUCACCAAAUACCAAAAUGUGCUUGGGCACGCCUUAUCGGUGAGGCAGACUUGACUUUUGCCACCUGCGCCACGCCACCGGCGAGGCACGAAAAUAGAGCCCUACGUUUCAUUUGAAGAUAAAUCUGCAGAGAAACUCACAUUUUCUUGACGUAUCAGCUAAAGUCAUCCGGGCGAGUCUACGGGGAAAUCUGCAAACAUUCAGACUCACAGAAGUGGCAUCAUUUGGCUGAAAAGUCUGUAGAAUUUAACAUUAAGCAGGAACUCACACCCAGCCUGGAGGUGGUGCCAAAAUGUCCUCAUUGAAUAUUCACGAGUUAGCUACUGAUGGACUGAUACUAUCGAGAAAGGCAGCUGUGGCUUACAACUGGUCUUUUAAGACAUUAAUUUUGAUUCUUUAAACUGGUGUUAUAUAUUUUAUAAUAUAUCCUGCAUUCCCUCAAUAAUCAAUAUUAUAAUCAAUAAUCAAUAUUUUGAAGAAAAAAAAGAAAAAAAGCUUAAAAUUGUAUUUACUUAUGAUGUUGUCUUAUCUCCUAGUUUUUUUUAAGUGAAAACAAAUCUUUUAAUUUGCUGUAUCUGAUCUGGGAGCUUUGAGUCUCUUUUAGGAUUCCUUCCACCCAGAUAACUUUUAAUAGAUGCAGGUUUCCAGGGAAAGGUGGACUGACUGAAACAGGACACAAUCAAUUUCCGUGACCCAGGUUGCUCACAGGACUCCAGAGGAAGAGCGGAGUUUGAUUGAUGGCUGAAGAAAUGAGCUCCAGAAGCAGAGCGAGUGAUUCAUGGACAUGCUCUCGUGUCAUUUAUUACCUGGGGCACUGCACUUUUCGCUCCAUUUAAUGAAAAAAUAACAGAAAAACACACACCCCUGUUUCUGACGUGAGCAAAGACAAAUCAUGUUUGGGAGUGGCAUGUUUGCUGUGCUGUGAAUAAUGAAUACUAAAACUUUUAACCCUUUCAGCAUCAGUUUGGGUGAUUUUCCCACAAAUUUCCAUCCUAUGAACAUUUACAAAAAGAGCAAAAGACAAAAAAGAAAGGUCAUGAUCACAAAUUGAACUUUAUCAUCAAAAUCUUCUUAAAAGGUUGACCAAUUUCUGUGGCCCCUUCAACAUGUAGCCUCAGUCUGAAAUUGAUACCGGUAUUUACACUUUCCUCAACUUACCUGACUCACAAUGUGAUAAUUACAGUGUUUCUCUAUUGGGUCAAAAAGCUUCGGCUGUUUUGUUUUGCCUUUGUGGCCGCCUGAGUCAUCCCCUGUGAAUGCCAUCCAGCAGAGCUGUGAGGCCAGAGCACGGUGGAAAACAGUCCUGCAAUUGAUAUGAUGUGUUUGAUUAUAAGGCUGAUAUACUCUGCUUUGACUGCCCUGUACUCGUGACCACACUAAGCACUUGUUACUGAGUACUCUGAACAAAAAUAAACAGCACUCAAAGUGGCAUGAGUGACAGGUUAGGAAAGGAGAGAGCGCUGCAGACUGCAAAAGCCUGAAUGCACUGAAGAAGAGCGCCAUAGUAAAUGUGUAAUUAAUUUCAGGAUGUGUGUAAUUGUGAAUAGCUGUGCUUUGAAAGGUGAAUUUACUCUUAUUAAAUGCUCCGUUUAAGACUCCUUUUACAGCAUUUACUGAAAUAUAUGCUAAUACUUUCACAAACUUUGUUUCCGCUCAAGGUUGCAGUUGCUGGAAGAAAGAUUUUGGUGUGUUUGGCGAGUUAUUUUCCUGUUCCCAACUUUACGCCAAGCUCAAGCUGGAAACUGGGGGGUAGCCAUAGCUAUAGAUAAAAAUCAAGACUGUAGAAAUAGACCGGUUAUAAUGUUUUCCAAAUAAAAUCUUGUAGUUUCAGCGAAGUAUUGGUAUUCCACAAAACCAGUUCCACAAUAUAUUGUCACCCAAGCUGCCAUGUUAAGGUCAGCACUUCACUGUGAAACUCUCCCCUCUGCUUUCUGCUCUUUUGUUUUUGUCUCACUUGUAUUUAAAAAAAUAAUGGAUUCAUUCGGUUCUUUCAGAAUGCCGAUGCCAGCUAUGACUUCAGCAGCAAUGACCCGUUCCCAUUCCCCCGAUACACGGACGACUGGUUCAACAGGUGAGGCCCACUCAUCUGACUCCUGUUUCUACAUACACACAGUCAGUCAGUAUGUUUUUUUUUUUUAUGUUCACAUGUGUGCGCUCUCCCUAGAGUCUUGCAGCUCUCCUCUAUUGAUUUUCUCUCUGCAUAGCUCCAUUAAGGCAUAAUGGUGCAGUAUAAACAGAGCUGUUGUCCGACACUGCACAAUAGAAAAACAAGGCCUAUUUUUACCCACUCACUUGGAAGAGAUAAGGGGGGAUAAAGGCAGACCAGCACAAGUCUAGUCUCUGCUCAGAGCUGCAGUGUUCACAAUGUCGACCUUCUGUCUGAUAACACCUUAUCUGCCUCACAUCUCCCAAUCACACCGGGUGAUCCACUGCCACAGCAACACAUGUCGAGGAGAGGAACAAAGAGAAUUACAUCCUUUCUCUACCUCUCCUCCUCCACUGUGCCUCCAUCUGCUUAGAUAUAUCUGUGUGUGGGAGUGGGAAAAAGGGGGUAUUUGGGUUUGCCAGUGUUGCAGUUGCUGACUGUCGGGCACAACUCUCUGGCUAAUCAGCUGGUUGUUAUAAAUAGCUGCCUGUCUGUAGCAAUGCAUGCUGGGAGCGAGGGGUUGACUCUCUGCAGUGUCCCUGUGGGGAUCGGAGGGAUGGAGAGAUAGACACACAUCACACGGUGCACUCAGAAGACUGAUAUGUGCAAAAACAUCCAGGCAGACUCAGGCGAAUGAUGGAUGAAUGAAGGUGUCGUUUUAAUAAGCUAAUGCUCUCAGGUUAAAAAUAACUGUGUUUAUGCUAAUUUGGAUUGAUUUAUGGGGACUGAAAAUGCUAAUCCUUUUCUAUUAACAAUCCCUUUAUUCUAGUCAGACACAAAGUUAACAAAAAGGUGUUGCAUCUAAUCUUGAAAAUCUUAUCUCAACCUAAAACAUCUUCUGUAAAUUCAUGUAAAUUAAUGCUAAUCCUCUUAAAUUUAUUCAUUUUUUUUUUUCCUGCCACAGUCACGGCACUCGGUGUGCUGGAGAGGUGUCUGCAGCAGCCAACAACAACAUCUGCGGUGUGGGAGUCGCCUACAACUCAAAGGUGGCAGGUGUGUGUCAUAUUAAAGCUGCAGUUGGACAGUGACGGGAAUAGCAAUGAGCUGACAGCAAUGUAAGCAAAUACCAACUCUGAUAACGUGAUGAGGCAAGGAUCACGAGGGCUAAUUCACGCUGAGGGGAAGACUGGAUGUGAACUAUGUUGUUGUUUGGUGGUGAGGCAUGUUGAAAUGGUUUACCACAGCCCAAAGAAUUAUGGGAAAUUACAGCAGAGGUCAGUUGGAAUUCACAUAGCAACCGACAAAACCGUAAAUCCAGACGACUCCGCGCCUCCAUCAUCUAUUGAUUUUCUCUAAAUUUGUUCUGGGAGUUACAAAGGAGGAAAAGAGAAUGAGUAUUGACUGUCUGAUUUCUGUGCAUCCACGAAGCUAACAUUACUUUCUCGCUAAUGUCAGGUCUAUAAACGGCUUUUAUUGUCCUGUAAUGGCGAGGUUGACAUUAUUGUGGUGAAGCAACAAGACGGAGAAUUUCGCUGCCCUUUCAGGUAUCAGGAUGUUGGACCAGCCCUUUAUGACAGACAUCAUUGAGGCGUCAUCCAUCAGCCACAUGCCCCAGGUUAUUGACAUCUACAGUGCCAGCUGGGGGCCUACUGAUGACGGCAAAACGGUAGAUGGACCCCGAGAGCUCACACUGCAGGCUAUGGCUGAUGGAGUCAAUAAGGUAAGGCUUCAUUACGCACUCUGUGCUGAGGGUUUCAUUAUUAUGUAAUAGGGUAUUGUAAAUCUAAAUAGAUCUUGGCAAUUGUGUAGAUAGAAAAUGGGGUUAGAUGCGUGCUAGUGAUGGUAGUGCUGUUUCAGUGAUGGCAAUGCUUGUCUAUUAUGUAGAAAACCAGCCCAUGUAACGAGAUGGAUUAUAUGAAAUGAAUGAAGCCUGUAGUUCCCAAAGUGACGCCAAUCUAGACGAGCAAAAGUACUUUAAACAUGCAAUAUUAUAAAGGCCUGCUGGGGGAGACUCUACUUAUUGUAAAAAGAAGCCCAUUUGAAUAAAAGCAGAUUAUUUUAACUGCAUCUAUUACAUUGGUACAUCUGUGAUCUCAAUUUCUAGUUACAGCCACGGUUCAACACAGCACAGUGUUUAUAUUUUAAAAUAAUGGUCCCAUUUUGGAUAAGAUUGCCACCUUACCUGUACAAUUAGCUUUCAACCAGGAUAGCUACUUCACCCAAAGCCUAUUCAUCCUGUCAUCUACACACAGUCUUGCCUGGUUGGAAAAAAAAUCAAUAGGACAAGGGGUCAUACCAAUGAUUGAUGAUGGCUAUUUCCACUUCUUGGGUUUAAGAGAAAAAUAUCCAUUAAAUUCUUGGGUUGUGCAUUUUAAAAAGUAACUGUUUUUUGAGUACACAUUCAAAGCUGCGUAGUCACAAAUGUUAAUAAUCCACAUACUAUUCCCUCCAGUAGAAUAAAAAAAUCAAAGUUAAGCAGAAAAAAAUCAAGAUCCAUAACAUACAGUAGAUAAAUCUUUACCACAUUAGUGAGGAAGCUCAUAUGAUUUGUUUACAUGAGAGUAUAGCAGGGACAUACAGAACAUUUGACAAUAUUUAUUUAUUUGUUGGAUUGUCUAUACAACUCUGAAAUUUCCAUUUGUGGUGUUAAACUCUGAAACAGCCUGGAUGUCACUUUAAAAAUGUCCAAUAACAUAAAAUAUUUUAAUCAAGCUAUAGAGAAGUAUUAAAAUAUUCAUAUAAGUAAACUAACAAGGCAAAAAAGUGUCCUCUGGUAGCUAGUUUAUUAUUUGCUUUUGACUCUGCAAAAUCAUUUUCCUCUUAAUUAUCUACAGCCCCAAAGAAGUCAGAGGGGGGUGAGCUGCUGGAAGUGACACUCUGCUCUUGCUUAAGGACACUUCAGCAGAGUCAAAAUUGAGCUCACUUGGGGCCCCGGCUGUCAUCCUUGUCCCAGAGGUUGCUGGUUCCGCUCCUGGCCCUGACCCUUUGCUGCAUCCUUCCCCAAUAUCCACCUCUCACAUUUCCUGUCUGUUUUCAACAGAGAAAAAAUUCCCCUCUGUUGUCGGGAGCGCACGCAGAGUUGCCAUGCAAACAGCGGCAUUUCCAAUUAUGCGCUUGAUUAACCAUGAUGCACCUCGUACCGGCCAGUGUGGGCUGCUCUGGGGUGACCUGGUCUCAAGCAGGGUGGUUGAGUAGGAGCAAAGAUGACCGUAAUAUCUGAUCAUGUAAACACAACUAAUCAAGCAGGCACUCUGCUAUCUGCCUCUUAGAAUUUAAUGAUCACUUACAUAAGCUGCUGUGUAGGCUGAAUAUGAUGAGCACAAAAAGGGGCACAAAAGGAGCACAUUAUGUCGUAUUAACAAGCUAAGUUAGAUAGAACGGCUUCAUAUUUGCAUCUUAGAUAUACGGUAUUUGCUGUGUAUUUCCGCCAAUAAUGGAUAUAAACGACAUGAUGCACUCUGCUAAAUUAAACCUCCUUGUUUGGUCUGUGCAGGAGACAGAAGGCAGUAGGCAUGAAGCUCAAAGGUGAGCUCAACGAUGCUUAAACCUGCCUUUGCAGUUCAAACAGAAGGUGACACAAACAAGCACCAUAAAGAGGACAUGCUUCUCCUCCUCCUCCUCCUCCACUUGAUCUUUUCUUUUUUGUGGAGAAGCGGUUUGCUUAUUGUAGAAACAGGUGCAGCGUUUUGGUGAAGAGGAGUCUCUCUGCGUGCAGCCACAAUCAGCUGUUUGAUGUUUGAAGGCUCUCCAAACAGUCACAAAGAUGGCGUUUAGUCGUGCUUGAAUUUACAGAAGCUAAAAUGAUGUCUGUUUUGAGCAGCGGUUUGUUUUUUGUCCUUUUACCUGAUGUCUUAAAAAAACAGAUAAAGCAGUUUGUUUGUUGCUUGUUCUGUUAAAUUAUAGCAUAUUUCACCGUUUCAUUAAAUAACAUCUGAGCUUUUUAAGAUGAAGAUGGCUUAUUUUUUAAUUAAAAAUUCCUCCUGUGCUGUGCUUUUCAAUCGUGCCGGAGGAUAGUCAUGUUUUUGCCAUCAGCAAUGUAAUAGUGAAAGGAACCGCAUCAUUACAUCCUGAUCCAAUUUUCUUUGAUACCACAGCAGCACCCGAGUCAACCCCAGAUUUUAUUUUGCAUCGCUAACUGCUCAUUUGUAGAUUUAUAAGUAUUGGCAACAUCAUUACUAUGACUGUUGUCUUGAAUUUUUAUGGAUUUUAUGACUCAGUGGGAAUAAAGUUUGAUGAAAUGGAGAAAUAAAACCAAUGUAAUGUCAGUGAUAGAGGGGAAAGCUUCGCAUUUGUUAGAGGAGAAAUUUGCAGAUUAUCCAGUCUUCUAUCGAGUCUUGAGGCUCUAAUAAAGUAGGUUUUUACGUUAAAUUAAUGCUGUGCACACAUUACUGGAUUUUGGAAUAAAGUUUUUUUUUAACAGCGAACAUGUAUUGAGGUGGUCAGCUGCUUGUGACAACGGCUGAAUCUGAGACGAGGUCCGAAAUUUGGCCACAUUUUACCAAAGCUAAAGAUAGAGAUGAAGCAAAAUGCACAUAAUGUUGGAAAAUAAUUAUUACAAGGCAUACCUGCCAACAUUUGAGUUAUAAAAUCCAGGAGAUUUUUGCGACGCGCGUCAAGCAGUUUUGGGGUUUACCUUGUAUGAUUGAGCUAAUUAUGAGAGUAUUUGUAAUUAAAUUGCUCAUCCAAAUGAGUAUAACAAAUAGUAACAAAAAAUAGUAUCUACAAUAUGCCUUGAACUUAUUUAGUCCACUAAUUUUGGCGUUAAAGUCCUCAUAUGUUGUACAUGCUCUCUGAACAUCUGAGGCUGCCCUGAACGCAUCAUUCCGAGAUGGUGCAAGACUGUCAACGUAAAUAUUAUAUCUUGCGUUUGUCCGCCUUUAACUGAAGUGUUAAUUUUGGAACAAACACUGCGUAAGUAUAGUUUACAGCUUAAACUGACCUAAAGGUUCCCAAAUUGUAAAGUAAAAGUAUCAAUCCAGUGUCUGUGAGGAUCGGCAGAAACACAGGACAGUCUUCGGUUUUCUGGAAACCUGCCAACUUUGGACAAAUAUAGUGAUCUGAUUCAUGAAUGAAUGUGGACCAUCAAACUACGGGAGAUUCCCGGGAAAAAUGACAAUACAGGAGGUGGAGGUGGUGAUAAGUCUGAAAUAUGGGCAGGUAUGUUACAAGGGGAGGAACACCCCCUCCAUGGCCCAGCACAUCAGCGUUAUGCAUUAAGUCAAGCCAGAGUACCUGUGAGGGUCUGUGGCUUAAAAUGCCAGCUGCUGAUGCUGCCAUCCUCCACUUCAGCCAAAGCAGGCGCGGUAAACACAGCCAGACUUUAGAGCAAGUCCUGUUCAUUAAAAAUCAUAAUCCAGGAAUGAAAUCUGUGUUGAAAUCAGCAGGAUAAAAGCAAGUUAGCUAACUAACCGAGGUGAUGUAGGAUUAGACUGUGAGAAGAUCAAGUAUGGGUCUGUAAAACAAGAAUCCCUAGUCUUCAGUAUGUCUCCCAUAUGAUUGUGAUAUAUGGAGCUGUUUAUGGUUGUUCUAUUUGGCUCUGACUCCUCCUCAUGAAUUACUGCACAUAAACACAUUUUCAUCUUGCUAAAAGUGAGAACAGCAGUGAUGGAUUCAAAUCAGCUGGGUGCUAUGUAAAACAUUUCCUCAUUACAUCCGAACAGGCUGUCUUUUGCUCCCCUAAACCUUAAUUUUACACGGUUGAAUUACAACACCAGCACACCCUGACAUAUGCACCAUAUUUACACUCAGGAAACCCCAAACUCCCACUUCUCAUUUCACCUUGUAGGCCCUCAGCAGUGGUAAGAAGUCGUGUGCCAUAUUUUCAUCAUGAUGAUGAUUUUUCAGGGGCGUGGAGGUAAAGGCAGCAUCUACGUGUGGGCAUCGGGAGAUGGUGGUAGCUAUGACGACUGCAACUGUGAUGGCUACGCCUCAAGCAUGUGGACAAUCUCCAUCAACUCAGCCAUCAAUGACGGACGCACCGCUCUGUAUGAUGAGAGCUGUUCCUCCACGCUGGCAUCCACAUUCAGUAACGGGCGCAAGAGGAAUCCAGAGGCUGGCGUUGUGAGUGUGUUUUAGUGCAUCUCGUGUGUGUCUUAUAUGUGCUGCUCUGUAAAUAAAUGUAUUGGGAUUGGAGCGUCUGUAAAGUUAUUCUUUUUAAGGAGGCACUUUUAGCAUUAAAGGAUGUCUGUUUUGAUGUCUUUCAAAGACGUCCUUCUUUAAGGGCUUAAACUGUGAAUAGCUGCUUAGUGACAGUGUUUCCUUGGCCUUUCAGGAGAUUUUCUGAGACCAGGGAUCAGAUCCUGAGAUGCCAUCUGCCUAUAAAUACAGGCUGGUUGCAAAAACAAAGAGUCAUAGGUGGAUAAAUAACUCUUUACUGAUCACUGUAUAAGGACUUGUUUUGCUUUAGCUGCUCAAAACAGCACUUCAGGCGUGCUGUAAAUGUUAUUAAGAGAUAUGGCAAAUGUUUUGAUGGACUUGUUAUUUUUUAUCAGCUGUUACUGUCAGAAAAACUGUCCUUUACUAUGAGUUUGUUGGUUUGUGCUUUACAGUAAGGGCUUUUUCUGUAAAUAACAGUAACAAAAGGAGAAAAGGGAGACACCAAAGUAAAUGUAGUGACUGACUGUCGUGCAACACAAACAGGUUACGACAGUAAGAGGCUCGUUUACCCGGAGAAUCGUGUCACCAGUGGGUAACUCCUGACAUAAGAAGAGAGUGAGUCAUCAGAUCCAAACAGACAAGGAGAGCGUAUAACUCUUUAAAAAGGAAAACAGUGGAGACACGACAUGUGAUGCUUGUAUCCUCAUUGUGGAAAAUGCAAGACCUUGACGGUCAGCAUCGAGACUUGUUUAUAUUUACAACAAACAGAGUUUUAUUGCUAUGCUUCAGUGUAGUGAGGAUUCCCCAGUGUUCAAAGGCAGCCGUGUUUGGAUUUGUGAUUAUACAAAUCACCUUAAGCUGUUGACAGAGCCACAGAUCUUCCCCAGGGUUCGCUGUCUAAUUUCAGUCAAUCUGUCAUUAUUUCUAAUUAGGAAACACAUUACAUCACUUAUCCUAUAAACAUGGACAGAACUUGCCAGUUUUGCCAUGUACAGUAUACUAUAGUUAAGCUUAUGUGUACUCUGAAGUCAAAUUCAUCCUUUUCUGUCUGUAUUCAAAUGUAGGAAUCCAACAAAAUCCAACUUUAGCUAAAAUGUUAAAUCUAGUAUCAUUAAGUAUUUUUAUCAUUAUUGAGCCAAUACUUCCAGAAAAAGAUUAACUUUGUAUGAAAUAUUAUGUGGAGUACACAGGAAAGACAUUUAUUUGUAUGUUUUUCUAAUCUUUCUGGCGUACUAGGUUUACGUCUGAGUGUCAUGCCUGAUAAUGAAGUGUUACUUUAACGUCUGUCAAAGAAUUAAACAAUGCCAGCUCUGAAAAGUGGUUUCUAGAUUGUAGAAAAAUAAGAUUUCCUAUAUUUGAAGAUGCUUUUUUCUUCUUUUCAUUAUGUAAUUUCAGGCCACCACAGACCUGUACGGGAACUGCACACUGCGUCACUCAGGAACAUCUGCAGCAGCUCCAGAGGCAGCUGGUGUCUUCGCUCUGGCUCUCGAGGCGAAGUAUGUGCUUUACUCUCUGUCAUUGUAAUUUGGAUUGUGAUUACAUACAAAAUUGAAUAAGAUUAUGUUUCCAAUCUGAUAAAAUAAUUACUUCCAACCAUUAGAUUUUCAUUAUUGAUUGGAAACUUUUAUAUUAGUCCGUCUUUUUGCUCAUAUCUUUCAUUCAGAUUCAAACUCCACAAAGGCACUCAUUUUUUUAAGCUUUUACAGAAUUACUUAUUUUUCACACGAGCUAAAUAUAUAGCAAAAAAAAGGCAAAGUACAAACUCUCUAUGUGAUUAAAAUCAUGCAAAUGUUUGUUUAAAAAUGCAUCUUAUCUGCUGUCUAGAAAGGCCAGGUGUUUGUAUUUUAUCCAUCACCACACUUUCUUCCUUAUAAAUGUUGCACUUCACUGGAUGAAAUUGUCUACAGCACCUGCUGAAAACGAUCCAAUCUUAAUGAUGAUGUUCACAAUAAAAUCUGUUGAUUGUGUCGCAUUAACUCUUUGGAAAAAGUUAGAUUUUUGGAAAAACAAGUCUCGUAAUGUUCAACACUGUCAUUUCCUGCAAAUGAGAAACUAACUGAAAACACCUGAGAUUUAUGUAGAUCCACCCACACAUCAUCAAAACAAAUCUAAAAAAUAAACUCUGACAACAGCUGCACUGAAAACCUCAGAGAAGAAUCUGCCCUCAAAUGCUUCACUUCUCAUAAUGAAGGUUUACAAGACAGUGCAGCCAUUAAGUGACACCUGCUAGUGAGGCUGAGUAAAGAAACGCUGUUUACUGUGCACACACAAUAAUGAUGUUGCCAUUAAGAGGAGCGGAUGCUCACCCUGUCCGGUGGCAAAUAACCCACAAGGCUGUUAGGACGAGAGCGCUGCCUUUUUACUGCCCAAACACACUCGAGUCAUGCUACAGCAGGAGUGAAUGAGUCAGCCUGAACAAAGCUGUCAGAACACACAGCCAAGAUAACAGAGAGUGAAACAAACACAGGCGUCUUCUUUGUGCCUCAGAGUACAGACACUUAUGAGUGUUAGGUAAUCAUGAACGUGCAGAGCAAAAACCACGAAGCAGGAGGGUUUUACAGUUUGUACUAAAAAACUGAAGAGGACUUAAGUAGUAUAUAUUUAAAGGUCCUUACCCACCGGGAACAACGCAAAUAUACGACGCUAAAUUACAAAAUAUUCGGAGGUGAAUUUUGACGCGCCUGACUACACAUAUCAAGUGCGAUGCAAUUUUGCAACUUCCAGGGGAAAAAAAGACGUGUCCCACGUGGAAGCAAGAAGACUGACACAACAGCAGACUGACUGUUUUCAGUUCUGAUUAGACACUAGUGUUGAGAUGUCUGUCUGUCAUGAUAGCAUGUACUGAGUCGGGGCCAGUACCAGAUAAGCACAUUAAACUAUAAUCCAUAAACGUAAGGUAACAACCAAGACUGAUGUUCUUAGCUUACGAGCUAAAGUUACUUAGCACAGAUGAAAGUUAAAACAAAGACGUUUAGCAAACUGUUAAGGCGCACAAACCAUCGUCAUAUGAGAAAUCCGACACUAUGACUCUCCACAAAUUGUCCUUCAAGUCGUUAUCUCUGAAAUAUGUGUGUUUUGUAUCAAGAAGUACUCUGUUCUCCAACACGUCAACAAUCUGCCGGUCGGCCAUGUUUGAUAUACCGGUGAAUCUGACAUCGCAACAACACGCAAUCUGAUUGGUCAGAAGUGGACAUACAGUAUGUGAAACUUUAGAAAAAUCGACCAUGAUCCGAAAAAAAAAAUGCUGCAAUAUCGCAGGAUGGGAAAAUGUGAACGCUUGUUUUGACAGGAUAUGGGUUCGAAAAAAAAUACUGAAUUAAUUGCAUGAAAAAAAACGCUCCCGGUGUGAAAGGACCUUAAGGCUGCUGAUGACAGAAAACAUGGCCUAUAUCUUCAUAUAGAAAAUCUAAAGUCCUUUUAGGAACAUUGGUAUGGUUAGCUUGAUGUUUUCCUGAUUAAAACAACAACCUUAGCGAUAACAUUCUUCGACAAGUGUAGACAAAUCAGUUUAGCAAGCAUGGCGCAAUGUUCGGGUAUUUAAUUGGGACAUUCCUGAUCAGAUUACUCUCUUUCAAACCUUAUAUUUCUAAAUGAGAACACAUCCCUGCCCUGCCUCUGUGAUAUGUUGUCUUUUUGUCUUCCUCAGCCCAAACCUGACAUGGAGGGACAUGCAGCAUUUAUCAGUCCUGACCUCCAAGAGAAACCAGCUCCAUGAUGAGGUCCAUCAGUGGAGGAGGAAUGGUGUAGGCCUGGAGUUCAACCACCUGUUUGGCUAUGGUGUUCUGGAUGCUGGGGGGAUGGUGAAAAUGGCCAAGGAAUGGAAAACAGUGCCUGAACGUUUCCACUGUGUUGCAGGAUCCAUUCAAGAGACCCAGUGAGUGAUACUGGUUUAUUUCAUUCUAAGAUGUUCAAUGAAUGUUGUCCUGUGGUGUGCAGGAUUAUUUCACGACAUGUGCACUCUGCACGUUGUUAAAUGUCGUGCUGUCCCUGAAAUGUUGAAAGGAAAACCCUGUGGAGCCCAAGAGACAUUCUUAUCUAAUUACUGAGUAAUUCCAAUAAGAUUUAAUUCAAUAAAACAUCUGCAAAGGGAGUGUCCACUUCAUAACCCUAUGAUAUUUAGAUUAACUCCUCAGUCUGUCUCAUGGUCCUAGUCACGAGGACUCCCAAAGAGAUGUUAAAAACACAUCAAAGCCCAUUCAAAACAACCAAAGUGCUGUAAUAAAGCAACAAGUCUUAUCAUCAAGCCCUCACCCACAUCAUGUAUUAUCUUUCCUUGCAUCACCAAAUCUUCUCCUCCUUUCACAGCCUCUCUUUGCUUUUAUCUCUUAGCUCUUCCCUGUCAUUCCUUCCUCUCCAUCCUAACAUAUUCCCUCUCUCCUCCUUUCUCCUGCACAUCUUGCAAAGGAUUUACCAUCCAUCCCUCCAUCCAUCCCUCCAUCAUCUCCGAAAAGCUUUGAGCUUUUGAACUGCUGCGUGUGAUUCCUGGUGGUUUCCCUUGGCAAACCCUUUUAUUUCUUCUAAUUAGAGUGCCACAAAUGGCCCAGCAUGGUGUACCCUGGAAACACUGUCAAUUACACUGACUGACAGCCAGAAAGGGAUUCCAGGUGGAGGUGUUUUCAUGUGUUGACGCAAAUCUGGAGCUUUCACGCGUAUUGUGGAAAUGUCAGUGUGUAGGUGUAGAUAAAAAAGCACACUGAAUAUGUUUUGUCUCUUUAGUUUUGCCCACCAUCAACACUCUGGAUCCAUAUUUCACUCUCUAAUCAGUGUUCACCAGACGAUGCAGUCACGACAACAUGGUGUGAAAGUGAUCCCCUGUGUGUGUGUGUAUGUGUGUGUGUGUGUGUAUGUGUGUGUGUGUGUGUGCCUCCCUCGAGUGCAGGCCAGAUAAAAAGAGAAUCCCUUUAGAGCCUGACUGCUUUUAUUGCAGUCCCGGCGGGCAAUACAUGCAAAUGGCAAAAAGGUCUUGCCUCUUCAUGCUUGGACAGUUAGAGGAAAUAAAAGUAGCCUUGUCAAAGGCCCAUUUGUCAGAAAAUGACGCCAGAUAACCAUUUUGUGUUAUUUCUGGACCCUUUUCUCUGGCUUAUUGUUGAUCUUUUGGCUUUGAAGGCUGGUGUUGCGCUAUAAAGAGCUCUGUAGUUGGGAAUUAGAAAUAGCAAAUCGGCCUUUUCUGACAGUACACAGGGAUUUCAUGUACUUGUGAAACAAAUAGAGACUUUUUUAAUAUUCAUCUUACUCAAUUUCUAUCUUUUAAUUUUAGGAGUAUUUGAUAAUCAUUGUUGCUCAUCCAAAAGGAAUGAAAUUAGAGAUUACCUAAUAACCAGGUUAAUCCUGCUAAAUAUCAAUAUUAAAGCUCCUAUGAGGAGUUUUUUGACAUUAAUGAAAUAAAUUGAAAUUCAUUUUGAUGCUUUUGUAUGAUAUCUCAAAGCAAACAAGACAACUGGUGCUAAGAUUGAGGAUUUUUAUGUCCCAGUUUUUAAUGCCAGAAACCAGUGCGAGGGGGUCGGUGUCAACAGCCCUGUUGUGAUUUCCUCAUCAAAUAUGCACAAUAAAUGAUAGAUUUGAUUGUCAAAAGUCGACAGGAUGAGUUUAUUUUUGUAAAAAGUUGGCAUUCAAGCAAGCUGAGUGCAAGAUUAGCACAUUAGAAAUUCACAGGGGGCACCAGUACUAGGGUUACCAACUCCCAGAGAUUCAAAUAAGGGACGCUUCCCCGCAAUUAAAAAAUUGGGUUUUGGGGGGGUCAAAAACACAUAGAUAACAACAUUUUGGCACAGUUAUACCUAUUACACACUACACAAACACAUGUAAUUUCACGACCUCCUUCAGCAGCGCUCAUUAUUCGUGUUCCCAUUCCAACUCCUCACAAACAGAGCAGCCUCGUCGCUACAAGGUACGGCGCAUGCACACACACAUACACACACACAGACUGAGUCGCACGCACACAAGCACGUGAGUGCUGCUGCUGGUCCUGCUGCCUACCCUGUGAACUGAGUGGUCCUAGUGCCCUUAGUAUACAGCCAGCCAGGCAGGCAGGCAGCCAGACACACAAUGCGUGGCACGCAAAGAGAAAAAAUAUAUGCAUCUUCCCUUUACCCGUGCGGCCAGGACAAACAACAUCCCGUCCAGGAUGCGCCUAAUUGAGAGUUCGUCACUGGAGCUUUAAAAGUCUGACCUGGAGUGAUACAUUUAUCACAGAAACUGUGAAUGCUGAGCUUUGCAAGGGCAAAACUGAGGCUAGAAAGUGGUACCCCUGAUAAUUACAAUUCUACGCCUGUGGCCAGAGACCAAGCUGCCAUGUUUGAUGAGUUUGGGUUCAAAUGCGGCUCUUGUGGCUGUCGGCGUGGUUGUCAUUUCUUUAUCACUUCAUGUUUUGAUACAGAGGAAGGCAUAAAUUCUUUGCACAGGCAUGGGUAAUAUCCUCAUAUGAAAACAAAAAGCAGCCUGUAAAUGUGGUAUUUAUUAGAGCAAAACAGCUCCUAGUUUUAAGCUAUUUAUCAGCUGUGUGUAAAAAGCUGUGUCACCGGCUGUGUCAUUUUUUUUAAUCAGUUCACUGUUUCUGCAGCAGCACUGCAGGGCUUUCGCUGCCUCUAUUGUGGUAGAGAUAUAAUUACAACAAGCCCACCUCUGAUGAUAGUGUAUCGCCAGAGAGAGGCAAUAAACACCAACAUAGCCACAGCCCAGCAAACACACUGCUCAGCUCUGAUCUGAUAGCCCCUCUGGUUAGCUGUGGCUUACUUUGCUGGAGGAGAACUUCUCAUUAUCAGGGGCGCUGGCAUGCCUGGGCUCCUGUGAGCUGUGGGGUUCUUAUAAUCUCCGCUGGUGCUGCCCUUCAGAGACAUCCCUCUGCCUGCUCUACGACCCACUGCUGUAAUUACUCACACGCAUUAAGGCGAUGGGAGCCGUGCACCUGCAGAGCACACAAUAUUUGAUGGGUCCAAUAACUUGCAGAUUCAGUUUUACUCAUUGAAAGUAGUAGAUCAACAACAAAUUCUCUUUAAAAUGUGACUCUUCAGAGGACGGAGAAGACACAGGCUGUGAACACCAAGUUUGUCAGAUGUCUGAGAAAUCAACUUUUUCAUGACAUCACAUAGUUCGAGUCACACUGUAACACCGAGUUAGACACCCCAUGGAAAGAUGAAUGUUGCCGACCACUUGCUUCUCUAGUUAUACCAACUUUAGUAACGACUGCAGAUAGCAAUACAGAGAGCCACGCGCUCAACCAAAAAGCUGCUCUAUAGCCACAAAUAAUGCUCAGAACAGCACCUAACUUCAUCAACAGUACAUAUAGGGUCCCAGCCAUACAACUAGCCACCAAACAUCAACAACUUUGCCUGAUUUCUUUAGCAAAGAGACUAAACACAACUCACCCUCUCUCUUCCUGCAAAUAUUUGUUUGCAGCGAGACCUCAGGCCAGUCCAUUAUGGACUGCUGCGGGGUGACACAGCUCAAGGAAGAACAUUUAUGAUCAUCUCUUUAUGGAAAUGCAAUCAGACCAAGACGCUACGGCAGAAGAACUACCACGUCUGCAGUGCAAAAUGAUUAAUAUGGUGAUUAUUACUUCAAGGAAAUGAUAAAGUAAUGAUCACAAAUGUUAUUCCUUGAGCUGAGCUUUUAAUCAUUUAAAGCUUAUAAAUUUAGUUAUACUAACACAGAUUUAAUCUUUUUGCUUCCCUACGCUUCCAAUGCGCGUCAAUUCACACAGAGAAGAUCGUCCUAGACAGGAAGUCAAGUACGAAAACCGCGCACGUCAUCCUGUAUUUCAAAAUAAAACACCAUUUGCGAACUCCCGCCUGUGUAUCAGUUCGUGUAGAUGAGAAAUACUUCCUGGUUCUGGAUUUACCAGUAACACAGAACCAUCCGAUGGCCAAUCCCGGAUCCAUGUGGACCCCAACAGGACUUUUAACUGCUAACUCUGUCUGAAGGUAACAGCACAUCAUAAUGGAAGAUAGUUUACUUUGUUAAACACGAGUAAAGCUGCAAAAACCGAAACUGUAAAAUCAUGCUGCACGCACUACGCGGCUACUACGCUCCAAAUACGCGUGUAGCGAUACCCAGAGCUGCUCUACGGAGCAAAUACGGAACGCGCCGGUACGCAGCGGUACACGUACCAGAAAGACAUAAACAUUAGUUUACAGCAGGUACACAGCUGUAGGCAAACUUUCACCCCUGCAAUGUAUGUCAGCUACAUUUGCUUACCGUGUUGCCGCACGUCAGUCUGCACUCUGCCUUGUAACCGUAGUAAUCCAAUAGGACCUUGCUGCUUGUAAGUGACUCGUAUUCGCUUCCGCAAACAAAAAAACUUUGUGAGCGCGCUCAGGGCGCACUUUUGAUUGGACGCUGGUUGCGUAGUCGCUGGGGACCGCCUCUCGCCUUUUGCGGAAGGAGGGAACUUUAAAGAGACAGCUGCUUCAAUCUUGAUGCGGAAAUAAAACAAAAUGAAGAGAAAAAUGAUUUUAUGUUCAAGAGAAAGAGAGAUGCAGCAGAUGAUGAUACUGUGGCAUCAGAGUCAGCACCUUGUUAAACUUGGGUGUGCUCCUCUUGCACAAAGCCUACAGGUACAGUACCAGCAAGAACCUGAUCCUACUUUCACCCCUGGUUAUUUGGUAGUUUGACCAGCUAGUUACUCUGAUGCCAACUAGUCGGGGUGAAAAUUAAUAAUUCAGUCCACCAAUUGUACAGACCCCUGUUCAUUACCAUGUCUUUUCCCCCAUAGACCCAGUAAAUUUGUGUUCAUGAUAAUUGCCUUUUCACACUUCGUUUUCACACAUAAACCACACUUGUAAAGUCAUGCCAUUGAAAAAAAAAAUUAUAUUCGGUUAUGCAAAAUUUCACACCAUGCAUUAUGGGUGUAACUUACUCGAAAACAUCCUGCUGUGACCUGCUCUGUUUUUCUUGGAAGAGUAAUUUGCCUCAUCAGCACUACGGCGCUCGUCUCUGAGCUCUUCACGGUGCCCCAUUAAUCAUUUUUUGACCCGAGUGCUGUUCCACAUGUCUCUCUCACUCAGUUUCUGUGUCUCAUCCCUGUUGCCCUCUCUCCGUGCCCCCAUUUCCCACAGCGUACAGUGCAGCUUUGCGCUCUAAUGACGUUAUUAAGCCUCCUUAAAGCCUUUGGCCACCACCCCUGUCCUGCUGUGUUCCCACUCAUCUCUGCAUCAGUCAAAGAGACGGGGAAUGGUGUGUCUUCCAAAACUACAAAGGAGCAACAUUAGCAAGAGCAGCUUGCUUUUACACUUUGUUCUGAACAAAUCCAUUAUAGCAAAAUAAGAAAAAGAUCAUUCUCAAACUCUGAAAUGGUGACAGAAUUUGGUAUAUGACAAAGUCUUACAAAUGGUUUCUGAUUACUCAUGGCUGUCUUAAAAUCAUUCCCUGCAAAGUUUUGCUACAAUCCAUCUUAGAGGACUUGAGUUUGUAACACCAUAUCAAACUCAAAUGCUUGAGAUAAAAUUGCAGUAAAAGUGUCAAAUAAGUGGCUUCUGCAUACUCAUAUUUGGCUUUUUAAUGUUUCAAUGUUGAAGUUGAGACAUGAGAAGUGAUAUUUUAUAACUUCAAUAGUAAAUGGAGGACUAGAAAACCACAUCACAAGUUGAAUUUAGAUUGAAAACUAUCAUUAGACUCAGCCUUUGUGUACUGUAUUGCAUUCACAGCAGAAGAGCAGUAGUAGGGAAAGGUUUUGUAUGAUCACUGGUUUGCAGCAAGAACAUUAUGUGCAGCGUGUGUGGCCUCAAAUAGCACGGUCUUUUAUCCUUGCAGCUAGACAUAAAUUACAUGGUAAAGCACCAAGAUAUGACAGUCAUCACUGCCUUUGUGUGAUAAAGAAGCAGGUUCAAAAGAAGCCAUGAUUUGCUGAGGGAAAAAUAGGUCAAGUGCUGCAUUUACUCGGAUAUUCAAGGAGAAAGCAGGGCUGAGAGAAAGAAAGAGUUCCUUCACCUGCCUCCUGGACUUAUCCGUAGAAAAGUCCAGAUUUGCGGUUUCCAGAUUCUAUUUUAUUUUGCUUUUUCAUUUGACUUUAUUCAUUUUUAUCAUUGCUGUUAACUUUGAUACCAUUCUGACUCACCGUGUAAUUUCUCCAUCCUCUUUCCUCUUCAGUAAAAUCCAGUCUGGCAACAAGCUGGUUCUGGCCAUCACCACUGAAGCCUGCCAGGGGAAGGACAACUUUGUCCGCUACCUGGAGCAUGUUCAGGCGGUGGUCACUGUCAACGCCAGCCGCCGAGGGGAUCUCAACAUCAACAUGACCUCGCCCAUGGGCACAAAGUCCAUCCUUCUGAGCCGAAGACCCCGAGACGACGACUCCAAAGUUGGCUUUGACAAGUGGCCCUUCAUGACCACCCACACCUGGGGCGAGGACCCCCGCGGGACCUGGGUUCUCGAGGUGGGCUUUCAGGGUGAGGAGCCACAGCGGGGGGUCCUGAAGGAGUGGACUCUCAUGCUGCAUGGAACACAAAGUGCCCCUUACAUAGACCAGAUAGUGCGUGAUUAUCAGUCCAAACUGGCAAUGUCUAAAAAGGAGGAGUUGGAGGAGGAGCUGGAUGAGGCUGUGGAGAGAAGCCUGAAGAGCUUGCUGAGUAAAAACAACUAAAACCCAUCUGCAUGUUGUCAAAUCUUUCACUUUCUCUCCCUCCAUCUCCGCAGUCUCGCUCUAUCUUUCUCUAAAUCUCACAUCUAUCACCUCAGUUCCUCUCACGCAAUCCUUCUCCUCCCUUUUGUCUACCUCUUAUCUGCCUCUCUCUGCUUUCUGUUCUCAAGUGUUUCAAUUAGCCCCCAAUUUUCAAUGAAUGUGUGUGUGUAAUCGAACCAUCAUUCAAGUGUCACUUUUAAUAACUGUUCUAGAGAAACGAAACUAUAUCACCUGGAUUUUUACACUCUACAGAACUGUACAUAGACAGAAAACCGUAUAUAAUCCACUCUUUCAUGCUCUUGCUUUGACUGCCCUGCACCUCUUCUGCCAACUGUUGUACAGUUUGUGACUGUAAAUGAUUUUCUGUGUCAUUCUACUUAAAGUUUAUUAUCUUGCAAACGGAGCAGUGAUACUUCUUUCUGUUUAUAUUUUUAUGUGACACGCACUGUUUCUAUAAACAAAGAAAGGAAUAUGUAUUUUAUUUUGCAGCCUGUGGUCCUCAGUUCAUAUUUCAUAAUCUUUGACGUAAACUAUAAUAAAUCUAUUCAGCUGUUUAUUAAAGCACUUGAGUGAUUUACAACACA